GUUUCUAUACAAAGAAAAAAUUCUAUUUUUUAUUUAAAAAAAUUCCAAAUGAAAAUAAUAUUCAAAAGUCUCUGAAAAUGACUACUUUUUCAUUCCAAAAUUAAUUGAAAAUACUUCCUAAAUAUUUAUAUAACAUUUCCCAUUUUAUUAUAAAAAGUAUUGAGUAAUUUUUUGGUCUACAGCAGAAAUAGAAUAAGCUAGCUUGGUAUUGUGAUAAUAAAUACGAAUGUGGUGCGCAAAAAAAAAAAAAAAAAAAACGAGACAAUUAUGCAAAAAAAAGAAAUAUAAAAUCCUAGUUUACAGACUAUAAUCAUGUUAUUGAAUGUAACUGUUCCUUUAUAAUGGUGUAUAUUUGAUGUAAAUAUUCUGUAUAAUUGCGCUUUAAAAAGAAAAUGUGUACACGAUGUAUAAAUUAUCUCUUUCUUUAUAAAGAGAGAGAAGAGAGAGAGAGAGAAAGAAAGUACGAUUAAAGAAAAAAAAAAGAUGAAAACAAAGUGUUAAAAAUUUUUAUCUCUUAACAGUUGACGAUCGAAUUAAUAUGACAGAAACGGUUUUUUUAGAAAAUUUAGUUGACACAUGUGAUUUUAUUUUUCAAUUUUAUUUCUGUUAACGAAGAAGAGAAGAAUUUUUAUUGUUUUCUUUUUUAAAUUCUUUAAAAAUCAGAAUUAAAUGUCAGUUCUCAAAGGGAAAUCAUGGCAUGUCAUGAGAAAUUAAAUUUCAAAAGUUUACCAAAAGAACCUCACUGUGAUGGUAGAAUAAAUUCUCUAUCGUCGUUUAAAUAUGCGUCGAGUGGAGAAAAUUUAGUAACAAAUGGAAAAUUCCAUGUUGGCAGUUUGCGGUAAGUUUUUUGAUAUUUUUUAAAAUCUUUUUUUCCUUUCGUUUUAAAUUUAUUUUGUUUUUUAGAAUUCCUGCCGAUCCAUCGUGGCCAAAAAUUCCACAACGCCGAUUACCUGAUAGUUUCGGCGAUAUUGAUCAAUCAGGAGUUGUCACAGUAACUGGAACCCCAAGGAGAAGUCAUUCCAUUGUCAGAACACCAAAUUCAGUAUCGAUGAAGGGAAUUUCGUCCAGGGAAAAUGUUGAGUCGUCAAUUUACAAUUCGGGAUAUAGUUGUCAAUCGAUGCCAUUGCCAUUGAGAAGAAGACCCGGAAGUGUCGAUCCACGUUUCAAAAAAGUCACUUCCGUCAAGAGUCAAUUAAAAUCGAUAAAAAAUGACAAUAAUCAGGAAACUGCAAUGGAAACGACGAAUUUAGUCAAUGAUUCUUCAAAUCCAGUGAAUCUUGAGAAAACAAAAGAAAAUUUGCCCUCGACACUCGAGAAGGAUAUUAACGUUGAGAAAAAAAAUCAACGGGAGACAAGAAAGGCAGACGAAGAAAUAAAGGAAGAGAAAAAUGACAUUAACAAGGAAGCAUUAAAAAUAGAAAAAGAUCUCAGUUUCACUUUGAAUUGUGAGAAUCAGCAAAAUGAAAAAUGCCUCUUAAACAAUGUAAGCCAAGAAGUUGACAAAAACAUUCGUGAAACGACGACGAAAGCAAAUUGUGAAUUUCAAGAGGAGGGAGAUAAAUCUUUAGAAACUCGUCAAGAAAUAAGAAAAGCAAAGGGAAAUGAAACGGAAAUAAAAAAAAUUAUUGAUCUUCUUCCAGAUGGUAUUUCCCUGAAAUUGACGAGUAAUUCAAAGGAGAAAUUGGAAAAAAAUGAAUCAUCAAACGGAAAGACAAUAGAAGAAAAGAAUGAAGCAAUUUGUUUUUGUAGGACAAAAUCAAAAAGCAAAUCGACAAUCCCCUGUGAAAAAUGUUUAGAGAAAAUUGAAUCAAACUACUCGGAAUCAAUGUCAAACGAUGAGCAUUAUAGAAUUCGUUGUAAGGAACAUAAUAUGGACGAUAAGGAAAGUUUUUUUCCAGCGACAACUGAUUCUGAAUUAAUAGACAACGAGGCAAUGUUGAUGCAAUUAAAUAGAAAAAAGAAAUUUCGGAAUUAUUACAAUUCGGAGAGUAAUUCAGCGAAAGAUUACGAAUUAAUUGACUAUUUUCAAACGCAUGGGGAUUUUUAUAAAUAUCGACAGUCAAUCGAUUUUUCCGAUCUUGAUGAGAAACGGGGGAAAUUCAUCAUUGACAAUCCAAAUUUAAAGAGUAAAAUAAAAUCCGAACAAAAUUUAAGUCACGGCGUUUGGCAAAAUUUCCGUAAUUCCGAGCCAGUAAUUUCUCAAAAUCAACGUCGAUGCGCAACAUCGUAUUCAAAGAAGAAAAGUGAUUGUUCACAUGGAAAAGAUGAAAUGACAGAUUCGGAAUUUGGAUUUCUUUGGACUGAACAACAUCGAACGAGACGAAAAUCAAGUCAUGGUUAUUCAAAGAAAUUAAUUGACGAACGAAGAAUAAGAUCCUGUGAUUUUGAGAGAAGAAAUAUUUCACCACGUUUACAAAAAAAGGACAAUCAUUCUUUGGAUAUUUAUCAAAAUUCUGAGGGAUUUAUGGGAAAGUUUAAUAAUAAUAAUAAUACUACUAGUAAUAGUCAAAAAUUCUAUCAAGAUGUGAAUAAUGUAAAAUCGAUUGAUUCGAAUAAUCAGGAAGUGAAUUCACCGCGAACAGAAACUGAUAUUGUUUCGGAAAAACCAAAGAGAAUACCAUAUAAAACACAGAAGCUUCUCAGUAAAAGUUAUUGGGAAUAUUAUCGAAAAUUGAAUAAAAAUAAAUUGAAUGAAAAUUCUCAGGAGGAAUGCUUUAAUCAAGAUGGAAUUAAUAAGAAACGGGGGAAUUUGACAAUUUAUGAGGAACAAUCGGAAUUAAGUCCUCCGGAAAUUCGUACGCUAAAGAGAUGCUCCGUGCUGUCGAGUAUGAUUAAUGAAAAAUUGGAUUCGGAUUCACAACAAAUUUUGUCUUCGAAACGGCCUUCAGCGAAUAGCGUCAAAUUGUUAGAAGAUAAUGAACGCGCAGAUGACUUUUUUGCUAAUCAAGUCGAAUCCGUGAUGCCUAUGAGAACAAAUGAUGGAUCCAGUGUUUCCUCGAGAUCAGACAAUAGACGGAAAAAAUCACAAGUUGAUAUUAAACUCAUUAAACUCAAAACCAUUGCCUUCUUUGGAGUUCUAAUGUACCUUAUAAUCAUAUUUCUUCCGAUGUUGUACGACCACAUUUUCCAUGAAGAUUACGACGAGUACGCUGAUUUGACUUACAUUGAAUUGGCUGUCGAUUAUGUAAUGUCCUCUUAUCGUGAAGCAUUCAAUGGAAUUAUAGAGUUUGUUAAUAGAAUACUUUAUCGUCCGUUCUUUAUGAUUUUCAGCUCACAUGUAAAAGGUGUAACGGGAUUGUUUAAAUUUAUAAUAGGCAUCAUUCUUCCCUUUCGUUCAUAGAAAUAAUAUUUUUAAUUUGAUAUCCCUUAUACUCGAUAUUUUUAUGCUAGACGCAGAUUUACUCUUGUUAUUAUUUGCAAAGUAUUUGUAUUUCCGUUAUUUGUAAUUAAAACAGCAAAUUUUUACAUUUUACAGGUUUUUUUUAUCAAUUAUUAAUUAAUCGAGCA